UAAAAUUGGUAUCCGAGAGCGUGGAAGAACGGACGAAAGGGGAAAACUGUUGCGCUACGAUUGGAAUAUACAUCAACCUUCAUCCACCGAUCAACACGACAAAAUUGACCAAUGAAAGGCGGAGGUAGAAGGAAGAGCAUCAGUUCCAACCCUCCACCCCCACCACCUCAGGUCCACAACAACCUGGUUUCCCCUGGGAACGUUGAUGCAGAGUACUACAAGCGGAAUGGUGAAGUACAACAGCAGCUGUUACUUCUGAAUGACGGCGGAGAUAAGUAUGAAGAUGAGGAAGAGGAUGAAUAUGACGAGGAGUAUGACGAUCAGUUCGCUGACCAAGAAAAUGAAGGAGGUGAAGGCGAAGGCGAAGGCGAGGGAGAGGAUGGGGAAGAGCGUCCUAAGCUAGCUGAGGGUUUCUAUGAGAUCGAAUCAGUACGAAAGAAAAGAAGUCGCAAGAGUAAAGUACAGUAUCUCAUUAAAUGGCGCGGAUGGCCAGAGGCGGCUAAUACUUGGGAACCAGUUGAGAAUCUUAUGUCAUGCUCUGAUGUCAUUGAUGCAUUCGAAGAUAGAAUGAGGUCAGGGAAACAAAGAUCAAGUCGGAAACACAAACGCAAGAAUGCAGUUGCUCCUCAACCACAAGCAAAGAAGAAGAAGAAGCAGCAACAACAAAGUUCUCCUGCUGCUACCUAUGAUGUGCCCUCUGUGAAGAUCAAAAUCAUUGAUGGACCCUUGUCGCAUCCUUCUGGCAAAGAUCCCACUUGUAGUAAAUGGGUAGAAAACAAUGUUGGUGUUGUGGGCAAUGUUAAAACAACGAAACAUUUGAGUGAUAAUGGAUCUUUAUUGGUCCCCCAACAAAUUGGAGAAAUGAAUGAGACAAAUGAGUUGAAUGUGAAGCUUUGUGAACUUAAGGAUACAUCUUCAACUGAUAAGGAAAACGUAAAUGAGUUUGUUAUACAUACUGAAGAAGAUCGAUCAGGUGAAGGAGGAAGUCCUUCAAAUGGGAUCUCAAAUGUGAAUGGACCAAGAUCUGUUUGGGCUAGUCGCAGUGUUGGAGCUAAGAGGAGAAAAUCUGGUGCUGUCAAGCGGUUUAAGCAAGACAUAAACCCAAUUGUCACUAAUGAGGCACAUGAUGGAAUAGAAAGAAUAACCAACGUUAAUGGUGUAGUUGUAGAGCAUGGGACUGAAAACUUUGACCAAGUGGGCAACUGUUUUGGUUCAAUGAACAUGGUAGAUACUUCGAGAAGCAUGUAUGGCAUUACCAAGAUCAUCAAGCCCGUUGAAUAUUCCAUAUCCACACUUAAUGAUACGCAAGACAUCUUGGUGACCUUUUCGGUCUUGAGGUCUGAUGGAAAAGAAGUGAUGGUGGAUAACAGAUAUCUCAAAACUAACUAUCCACUACUGUUGAUCAACUUCUAUGAGCAACAUAUUCAGUAUAUUAGUCCCACCUCUGAAUGAGUGUCAUGGAACUUUGGAUCUUCAUUUUUCUUGAUGAUGCAGAGCCUUCAGACUGUCGAUUCUCGGUAAAUAAUGACACGACAUGUAUUGUAUAUUGGUAAUGUGUUUUUGGAUUUACGGUAGGCUAUAGAAAUAUCUACAUCUUUCUAUUUGAGAUUAUCUA